AUGAAAGUCGAUGUCACUCGUGUCAAGGACCUGACGGAUGCUGAAGUGUACGAGAUGGUGUACCAGCUGAAACAGUGCAACGAGAGUGAUCCAGCGGAGACGAGGCGGUUACUUCAAGAUCAUCCGGAACUUGCUCGUGCUGUUGCCCAGAUGCAGCUUCGUCUUGGCAUGAUCAAAGAGGGCACUGCAGCUGGCUCGGCAUCGACGAAUACGAUUGGCGUGUCGAACGACCUGAUGGAAAAGCUGGACUCGGAGCAGCAAGAGCUGCUGGAGCAAGUGCAGAAUUUGGCGCCCGAGAUCAUUCAGUCCCUGCCACCUGAAGAGCGUCGACAGAUCAUGGAGUUGCGUGAAGCCAUGGGACUCCCGCCACUGUGA